UCUGGUAUUUUGUAAAAUGAGCGUGGUCUAAACUGGUAUUUCGCCGAUCAGUCACAACCAAAAACCCUAGUUCCCCUUCCAUAUAUCUUGCAACAUCUCUGAAUCGACCUUCCGUUUCCCUUCACUCCGCAGAGAUGUCGAAGCGAGGACGUGGAGGAUCUGCUGGUAACAAGUUCAGGAUGUCACUGGGUCUGCCAGUGGCAGCCACAGUGAACUGUGCCGACAACACCGGUGCAAAGAACCUUUACAUCAUAUCCGUGAAGGGGAUCAAGGGUCGUCUCAACAGGUUGCCAUCUGCUUGCGUUGGGGAUAUGGUGAUGGCCACUGUCAAGAAGGGGAAGCCUGAUCUCAGGAAGAAGGUCAUGCCUGCCGUCAUUGUCAGGCAGCGCAAGCCCUGGCGUCGAAAGGAUGGUGUCUUCAUGUACUUUGAAGAUAAUGCUGGUGUUAUUGUGAACCCAAAGGGAGAAAUGAAAGGUUCUGCUAUUACGGGUCCAAUUGGGAAGGAAUGUGCUGAUCUCUGGCCUAGGAUUGCAAGCGCAGCUAACGCUAUCGUCUAAGAUUGUUUCUUGCGUUAUCGUUAAACUGUAAAAGCCCUUGCUUCACAGUUUUUGCCAUAACUGAAAAUUUUGUAAUGACCUUAAAUGUGUGUAGGCAGACUUGAAUUUUGUGUUUUGCUUGCUAUCAUAUUUUAGUUUUGAUGACUAUCUGAAAACUUGGUGAGCUAAUAUGGUGAAAUGUUUGUUGGUUAA